CGACGACCAUAGUAGGAACAAUGGGAAAAUAUUCUGCGCAGGCACAACUGGAAAAUAUGAAACUUACGCCAUUUUGGCUCUCAACACGGGACGAUACUGAAGAUUAUUAAAUCGCUAUUUCGAGAUACUCCGUAGAAUCAUUUUGGCAAAUUGAUACAAUAGCAAGUGUUUCAAUGUGUUUAACGAGAUGUAGCCUCGUGCUUGCGCGAGAAAAAUAUGCUUGCAAAUGAGUUGGGCGUGUGCAAAUUUGUAAAUAUCGUGCGGUAGUGAACUUUAUACGUAAGCGUUUACUUAGAAAAAAGCUCAUCCGACAAAGUGGAGGGGAAAUGGAGAGGUGGAGUCCCAUCGUCGCUACUGCUUCGGACGAUGAAAGGUCCAGCUCGGAGGGCGAGUACACAGUUGACACUAGAGCGCCUGCAGACUCGGAAAUUGAGGCAGGUAGACAGAUAGACGAGGAUAGAGGAGACGGGGCUGCAGUCCAUUUCGGGAUAAGCGGGUUUGGAGCACAGGCGAUGAGGCUGGGUCGCGGCGGACAACCUGCCGAUCAAGAGCUACGAUACCUGCAUCUGCUGUGGGAGCCUAAUCGAGCCGCCGCUGGGCCUGAUGGUACGAGUAGGCUGGGAAAGGUGACGCCGAGCAGAAGCAGGCGCCGAGCUCGCUGCAGCGUCGGGCCCAUCGGCAAGGACCUCCACGCUGUGAGGAGACUCAGAGAGGCUGCCAAUGGGAACGACAUAGAUACAGUACGACGCCUGCUCGAAGAGGAGGUUGACCCAUGUGCUGCAGAUGACAAGGGCAGGACCGCCCUGCAUUUUUCUUCUUGUAACGGCAAUGAGCGCAUCGUGCAGCUACUCCUGAGUUGUGGUGCCGAUCCCAACCAGCGGGACGGUCUUGGAAACACACCCCUCCAUUUGGCUGCCUGUACAAACCACGUGCCCGUCAUCACUACUCUGCUGAGAGGAGGUGCUCGUGUUGACGCCCUGGACCGUGCCGGAAGGACCCCUCUGCACUUAGCCCGGUCAAAACUGAACAUACUACAGGAAGGAAACUCGCACAACAUAGACACCCUGAGAAGCGAGGUGACCCAGAUUAUCCAGAUGCUGAGAGAAUAUUUGAACGCGAUUGGACAGAGUGAGGACCGAGAGAGACUGGAUCGCAUCUCCACACAGCUGCAGCACACACGGACCAAAGCGCAGGUGGAUGAGGUCACAGAUUUACUCGCCAGUUUCACGUCUCUUAGUCUACAGAUGCAGAGUUUGGGAGAUAGGUAGAGGGGGUUCUAUGGAAGAAGGGGGGGGGGGUGCAGUGGUGGAUAGUUCAGGUCCAGAGAGUCAAAGUCCAGACCAAGAUUUUGUCUGUACCAGUUGAGUACAUUGUGACUGUGACUUGUCAUAUUCAACUGGUUGGUUGAAAAAAAAUCUUGGUCUGGACUAUUACUCUCUGGAUUUGAACUACCUACCUCUGGUUGGGUGGAUUGGGUUAAUUAUGUAGGCGUUAUGAACUGUGUGUGUGUGUGUGUGUGUGUGUGUGUGUGUGUGUGUGUGUGUGUGUGUGUGUGUGUGUGUGUGUGUGUGUGUGUGUGUGUGUG